UGUCAAUGAGUCGUAGGGUUAUAUUUUGUCAAAAAGUAUUCAAUAAUAAUCUACAUUGCACAACAUUUUUAAAUUCAGUAAUUACGUGACGUAACGCGGAGCGUAAUAAUAUUUUAUAUAAACGUAUAGUUGAAUAAGUAUGUAAUAAUGAGUACAAAAACUGAUAAUUUAGUAAAACCUAAAACUGUUCGAAUUUUUGAAUCGGAUAAUUUUGAGAAAUUGCUCAAUGGAUUGCAAGUUGCAGCAUGCAUGCUGACUGAAUCACAUCAAGUUGUGGAUGAGGCGAGUGUGCUCAAGCGUCUCAGAGCCUUAACCAUCAAUGGACCAUCCGAUGGUAACAGCUGUUCCUGCUGUGGAGUUGGUCCUUUUGAAUCUCGCGUACAGCAGACUGCGCAUUAUAAGCAACAUUGGCAUACACAUAACUUAAAGAGAAAAUUGUUUGGAAAAGCACCAUUGAGCUUAGGACAAUUUAAUUCAAAACAAGAUGACUCAAGUGUAUCUGGCAGUGAUUCCGAAACUGAGGGGAGUGGGUCCAAUCCCGCAAGUGAUCUCUUUGCAGCGGCUACAAGACACUGCAAAGCUUUCUUUACCAAUCAAAAGAAACAAGUUUUUUGUAUAUACAGAUGCAUACUGCAUCAUAAGAAGGAGGAGCUUUCAACUGAUGGUGAAGGAGUUGCUUGGGUAGAACGAUGUCAACGACUUACUAUACCUGGUUACCAACGAUGGGCUAUUCUAAUGGUAUCCGGUGGACAUUUUGCGGGUGCAAUUUUUUCCGGUGGUAUCGCCGUUCUCCACAAAACUAUGCAUUCGUACGUGACUCGUAGAGGCCAGGGUCAGGCACAGAUAUCAAGGGACCAGCAUAGUAAUGCACCUCGGUCUGCUGGUGCUAGUCUGAGGCGAUACAACCAAGCACAGUUUUUAGAGCAUGUUCAAGAAAUUAUAUCUGGAUGGACAGAAGAUUUGAAAGGGUGUUCUCUUAUUCUAUACCGAGCUGUUGGACCUACAAAUCAAGCUGCUCUCUUUGGGAAGAAUUCUCCUUUGAACAGAGAUGAUUUAAGAGUAAGGGUCCUGCCAUUCCCUACACGGAAACCCACUUAUAAGGAGGUGAAGAGGGUACACGAAACAGUUGCGAGUAUUGAGGUUUAUGAUACAAUGGAGUUAUUCCAAAAAGCACUAAUUGCGUCUACAAGUAAGACAACCACAAAAUCCAGCUCGGACACAACCGUUGACCGCAGUAAGAAGACUCCAAGCAAACCAAUUGACAGAGCUAAGUCUAGAGAACGCACGCCACGCGAGCUGCCAACACAAUUACUAUCGAGCGAGGAUGAAGGUCCAUGUUUCAUAGAUCAAGAAACUCCUGUAGGCUGGAUAAAAACCCUUUCAGAGCAAUGUACCAAUGGCGUCAUAAGCAAUUCGAGAAAAGAUCUUCUACACAAUUCGGGACAAAGUAAUUCGUCUGAUAGCGAAGAGGAGAAUGUAGGUGGUGCAGCAAAGAUGAAAGAUCUCGUAAGGAAGAAGAAGAAAAAGAAACCGGACGAUAGCAAACCGCUUAAAAACGUUUCGUCCAAAGUAUCUGCGAAUGUUAGAAAGAUGUGGCAAAUGAUAUCAGAUAAGGAACUCAACUCAUUAGAAACUAUCCUGGAAUGUUUCGAAGAGAAUGAAUUGGAAGCCGCUUGUAACGUACAAGAUCCUGCGGACGGUAACACCGCGCUGCACAAGGCCGCCAUUGCUGCUAAGCCGGAUAUGGUUACUAAGUUACUGGAAGCGGGCAGCGACCCGUGCGUGCGCAACGCGCAGCUGCAGACGCCGUACGCCGCCACCACGCACGCACACACGCGCGUCGCUUUCCGGCUGUUCCAGGCCACCUUCCCGGACAAGUACAACUAUAACAAGUCACAAAUACCAGGUCCCGUGACACCCGAACAGUUGGAGCAAGAAAGAGAGAAGAAAGCCCAACAGAAGAGAGCGAAACGUCAGCGAGAGAAGGAGAAGCAAGCCGAGAAAAGCAAGAUGAAUAAAUUUUUGCAGAUGAAUGACUCUGAAAAGAUGAAAGCCGACGUCAUGAAAUGUUUCCUGUGCGCCGCGAAUUUACCGAAGGCUCCAUUUGAAUACAAUAAUUAUAAAUUUUGUUCUAUAAAAUGUCUACAAAAUCAUCGAAAUCUCAGGCCAUUACAUAAGAGUGCGUGAAAUACAAAAUCAAGUCAUCGCUCAUCGGAUGAUCAGAGCCCACUUGCAUUAAAUUCUGGGAUAGAUUAAAACUUAAAACAGUUGUAUGACUCAUUGUUAAGUAAAAAUCAGUUAAAAUAAUUCAAUUUUUAAAUUUAAGUUCGUGAACCCUUUUAUAGCAGUAUAUUAGCAGCCUGAAAAUUUCCCACUGCUGGGCUAAGGCCUCCUCUCCCUUUGAGGAGAAGCUUUGGAGCAUAUUUCACCACGCUGCUCUAAUGCGGGUUGGUGGUCGGCACCGUCGAGCACGAAAUGAAUUAUAAACACAAAUUAAGCACAUGAAAAUUCAGUGGUGCCUUCCUGGGUUUGAACCCGAAAUCAUCGGUUAACAUGCAUUCAUUCUAUCCACUGGGUCAUCUCGGCUCUCCAGUAUAUAUGACUUCUUAAAGUAUUUCAGUUACCUUGUACCUAUGUUAUGCAUAUCCCAAGGUUCUGGGUGUAAACCAGGUCGGGCAAAUGAAAGAUGUAAUUUACUGGCCAGAAAUUUUCUUAGUACUAUGUUGCUGUUUGAAAGUUGCCAGUGUUUACAUACCCGUGCCUUAAUGUUAGAUUUACUCUGUCGAAACCAUAGUACUUUGGUAGAGCAAAAAAAGAAAAAAACAAACAAAAUGAGAGCUUAAAUAAAUUAUCUUAAUUUAUAAAGCUUUAUUGGAUGUGUUGGCCCUAAGAAGUCCAAAACUUCCAAUUGUCAUAAUAAAAAUAAUACCAGUUUUACAUCUACAUUUUUAUAUUAUUUAAUAUAACUUUAAUACUUAUUUUAAUAUUUUGAAAUUUAAGAAAAGAAGGAACUAUUAUUUUUAUAGUUAAAUAAUUUAUGUGGUUGUUAUUGAUAUUAAUGAAAAUGUGUCUUGUCGACAAAAUGAGAAUAAAUAUUUGUUUUUUAUUAAUGUAUGGUGGUUAAAUAAUUUAACAUCCGAACAAUUUGUAACAUCUUAUUUAUUCGAAAUAAGGAAUAUUUCAUUCAAUGCAAUAUUACAUAUUUUUAUAUAAUAUUGCAUUGAAUGAAAUUUAUUCUACUGCCAGACCCCAAUUCUUUGUAUAAGUGUGUUUCUGGAAUGUAAGUGAACCAGUAUAAUUUUAUAUAUAUUAUUCAACUAAGCUUUACAAGAUUAAUUUAAAUUUACAGUUACCACCAGUUUGGAAUGUAGUUUCUACUGAGACCGGCUAGAAACUUAGUUGAUACAGUUUAACAGUUAGAUUACAUAGGUACGCUGGUUGAAAGCAACUAUUGAAAGCGUUUACGUAUAAGUUAUGAAUGUUCGUAUACAAUAACAUAACUGUUUUAUUAUUGUACUUAAUGAAAUAAAUAAGAUGAUUAAAUGCAAAUGCACACUGCCCUGAAGCUGAAAUAAAUAUUAUGUGUC